AUGGAAGACUCGUUCCCCCCACCCUUUCGCACCGCCCGCCUACAAUUCCACCCGAUGGUCGACGCCGACGCGGCGGGCAUCCACGCUAUCCGCGGGUUAGAGGAGGUCAUGAAAUGGAGUCUGAAAAAGGUCCCUGAUGCGGAUCUCGCGACGACAAGGGAAUGGGUGGAGGAGUACCUGCGGCCGCAGCAGCGGGAGCCUGGGAAUGUGGGGUAUGUGCUUCGGGAGAUUGAGUCUGAGUCUGAGGCUUCUGGGGCGGGUGGAGAUGGAAAUGGCAAAGGCCGGAUUAUCGCUUCUAUUGGCUUGCGUUAUGGGCUUGUUGAGGAGCUGGGGGGAAAGCGCUGGGAGCUGGGAUAUAUCUUUCACCCUGACUUCUGGGGGAAGGGGUAUGCGACUGAGGCCGUGAGGGGGUUGAUGGGUGCGUGGCCGGGGAUCUAUCAGAGGGUUAAUUGGGGGGAUGUGCAGCAGGAGAGGAGCGGAGAGGUGGUUGCUAUUACGGACAAGGGCAAUGAGCCGAGUAUGCGUGUUUUGAGGAAAUGUGGGUUUGAAGCUGUGGAGGAGUUUGUGGACAAGGAUGGGACGGUGUGUGUGGUUUUUGUUCAUAGGUGUUAG